GUGUCAGGUAUACGGUGACAUAUGUAUUAUUGUUUUCUAGACUCGAGUCCGAUCGUUGAAUGACACAUUGUUGACAGACCGGUCUGACCCACACUUGGACGAAGGAAAAUUUUGUGAUUAGCACUGCGCUUAGCACAGUACAAAAGCCAUGGUAGACUUGAAUCCCGUUGUUCAACCUCCUGGUAUCCCAUUUUAUUCGUGUUGCACAAAAUUUUCGCUGCUGUGCAGCAAUGCAAUCUCUCGCCUUACUUAUCUUCGUCUUGGCUGCUGUUUCUGCUGGGGCGUCGCCGCUCGGGAAGCGGAUUGCCCAAGUUAUUUCCGAUUCAACUGUCCAGUGGGAGCAGGCCUGUACUACUGCUGGUGGAGGUUUACAAUGCAACCCGGUGGCCGUUGCAGCGUUUAGCACACUUCUCGCCGCAGCUGGUCCUUGUGAUCAACAAAAUGCUGCUGAUAAGAUGAUUGACCUUGCAAAAACUCUCAACAACAACGCCAACAUGAUUGAAUUAGCCCAGAUAUUUGUGCAACAGCCACGUAAUUCUCCCACAGCGCAAAGCGUUCCGUACUGCCAGUCAGCUCCCAGAAAUGCAGAGCUCAGUGGUCUUUUCCAGUGCCAGUUCCAAGGUGAUAACCCACAGACUUUCGUUGGUGGCAUAGCUGUUGGUGGGAGUGGGACUAUUCCCUUUGGCAUGAACGCACCUGUGUCUCCCGCUGGUUCUUGUCCUGCCCACCCAUCUGGUCCCAUCCCUGACGGAAGUCAACUUGUCGGCAUCACACAGAAUCCUGGAGUAGGGGGAGCCAACACUGGCAACCCAGCGCCCACCUCCCAGAUUGCUGUUGCCACCGUUUCCUCGCCAACACCUGCUAGCGCUGGUGACUUUCGCUUAUCCAAUGGAAAGGCUGCUCAGCAGUUGAAUGCCCAGUUUGCUUUAUUGACGCCUAGCUCUUCCUGUACAUCAGACACGAAUGCAUGUGUCCAGGGCUCUUUUGCAAGAUGUGUUAACAGCUCAUUUGUUCUCCAGUCCUGUGGAGCUACUCUCACUUGUGCAGCCCUUCCACUUGUCAAUUCUCCUGGGACAUCAGUCACAUGUACUACCCUUUCAGAAGCCGAGGCACGCAUUGCAGCUACUGGUGCAACAGGUGGUCUUACUGGUGCUGGUUCGCCGUAGCGAGAAGGUGUACCUCGGACCUAUCAUGUAGUGAACUGCUUGCUCGUCUAUGUCAUAGCGCUGGUCGCCGGAACAAAAAUGUGUGUAUCAUAGAGAUCGAACAACGGGAUAUAUGUACAGUACUUAUGAACAGGGG